GUGUUUGCACUCAUAUCAAAUAUGCAAACGUAAACUCUGUAUUGUUAUUGGACAGUGUGUUGGAGACCUCCCCUGUGCUCUUUGUAUAGCUUCUUGGAAGCAGCUGCAUGCCAUGCCUUCCCUGCUGAAUUAUUUAAAGUGAAGAUUUUAUACUUUACCUCUACAGGGAUUAUUAAACACUGCAGUAUAGCUACAUAAUUUACACACUAGUCAGUGCUCCAAAGUAAAGUUCCCAUGCAUUUAUAGUGGAAUUUUUAAGAACAAUGUCAAGUCUUGCAAAGCUGAGAUACAAAGAGCAGCUAAAAUGAGUCAUUUAUAAGGAACUUUUAUUGGUCAAUGCCAAAUCGUAGCAGUGCUGUUCCCCUGCACUCCCUCUGUCUUGCUUUAUAAACACACCCUUUCUCUUCAUCCUUUCAUAUCUUCCAAGAAAUAUCAGCUCUAGCUUUCCACUUGCUUUGGCACUCUAGCCCUUUUCCCAGCAUGCACUGCUGUAUUGCCUGUGCCUCACAGAGAAAGUAGCUGGUGGUGGCGCCCCCUCUUAGCGCAUGGUGGCAUCACAGGGUGGUUUUAGACCCAGGAAAUUGCUCUGAUAGCUAACAUUGAGGCUGAAUUGAUGUGCUUGAUAGCCUUCACAAAUCCAUCCUCUGGAUUGUCCGGAUGUCAGUGCUGCAUGAAUUCUGUAGAGCAUGGUUUAGAAUCAAUGAAGACAGGACUUUAUCUGUGAAUCUGAAAUGUAUCCAAACUGUUCCUACAUGCUGUGGCCCUCUCUGUAUGUAAAGCCACAGCGUCUGCCGCAUGACCUGCUACGACAGAGAGAGGACACCUGUCACUCAGAGGGAGAGCAGCGGGGGUUGCUCCAAUGGAAACAAGUCUAUUGUCACAUCAACUGUUGUCAUGUUCACUAUUUCUGAUUCCACAGGAAGCUCCCAGGGGCCGCUGUUAGGACUGUCACUGUUCUGUUUCUCUAUCUUUUCUCAUUGUCUUCAAUUCUCACAUGCGUUCUUUGCUUUCUCUGUCUAUUUUGGUGUCUAAACAAAAACUCACACACAAUCACACACUUACACCCUAAAUCCUUUUCUCUCCUUCUCUCUCUCUCUUCCCUCUCCUAGUCUAGAAGAGGUUGGGUUAUCUGUACACCUGGUCAGCUAAUUUGGUUCCCCCUCUCCUUUUAUGAGACAGCUGCCGUUCCUCAGCGACCGAAAUCUGUUUAUUGAGCGUUCCACAUCAGGGUCCAUUAUUCUGAAUGUGCUCCCAGAAUAAUUAUGAGUUAUGAACGGUACACCUACUCUGCAGUUACCCCUGGGACAAGAGGUGGAAAGCUAAUACAUUAAUGUUCUCUCCGCCCACACACCUACCUGCCCACCUACAAAUUGUGAUGUUUUGGUCCCAAGGAUUCGUCAUAUGUUGAAAAAAGAGAGAAUAUGUGCUCCUGACCGCUCUAAUGGUUAGGGGUGGUUUUUGGUUGUGUGUGCAUGUUAGCUGUGGUUUUCAAGGCUGAGUUCCUUGUAUAGAAUCAGUGUGUGGUUUUUCUUUGGAGGCUUGAAUGUAGGUUAUGCCCUUACUGUAUAUGUCGCAGUACGGGGGAAGUGCACUAACACACGGUGAGAGCGUUCAGCCACCAUUCAGAAAUGUCAGACUCAGACCUGGGUUGACUUUACCCUCAAGCAGGUCAGUCUGAAUUCCCUUUCCCCUGAAACUCACAUCUUCCAUUGUACCUGUCAAAGUGACAGUAGCCCCAGAGCUAGAACAUCACACAAAGCGGCACAAAGGACAUAAAGGUACUGAUCCAUUUUUAAUGCAUUUGUCUCGCCCCCCCCUCCGUCACUCACUCUGCACUGUCCAUCUGCUGCACUGUACAUGCCGCUCUUUUUAAAAAAAAAAAAAAAACUCUAUAUUCCUGCUGGUGCAGCACUCUAGUACACCGAGUUCUAUCGAGACUCACCUGCACAAGAGAUGAGAGUUCGCUCAGCGGCAGGCAUCACUCAGGCACACUCACACUCACCACACACAUGAAUAUGAACAAACAGAGUGGGAGCAGAUCUCCUCUGUUUGCAGCCUGAUCUUUUCAUCUUCAGUGGCAGGUCUCAGCCUAGACCUAUAAAUUCAUCACUUUGUUGUGGCGCUCAAAGGAGACUGUGCAGCCGACAGACUGAUAUAACAAUAUCAUAGAAAAGUCACUGUAUCUGCAGUGUGAUAAGUAUUUUAAAGCUUAAACACAAACUAUGUGGCUUAUAUCUCCUUCCUUCAUCAUCCACUUCCCUCUUUUCCUCUCUCCUGUUAUCGGGGUGUCUGCAGCUGCAGUGUUGGACAGGGUCACAGAUGUAAUCAAUAACAAAGCACUGCAGCCGGUACAGUGGUAUUAGAGAGGGCCAAGUAUAAGCUGUCAUCAGCUCCUAAGCCAAGUGUCUGGCCACACAAAGUGCUUGUGGAGCAGUGUAAAUAACCACAGUGAAGCUAGCAGAAAAUGAAUGGUUGGCACAAGACAUAUUUUUACUAUCCAAAUGUCCAUGUUAGAAGACUACUGCAUACUGUGUUGAAUUAUAGCUUAUCUCAGUCACAGUUGCUUCAACAGCUGCUUGUUUUCUUUUAUUACAAGAGGACGCAGGAUGUCAGAAAUGUGCCUUCUCAUGAGGACAGCUGUGAUAUAAUUAAACCAAUGAGUACCAUGUGGUUGAUUUGAUCAUGUAAAGCUAUGACAGCAUUUAUUAAAGCUUUGAUAAUUUGUUUAAUUUUUUGUAGUCAGAGAUAGUUGGUAGAAGCUAAGGAUUUAAAAAUGUAUUGCUACAAGCGUAUAAUUUCCCAGUUUUGGAUUUAACGAUGAUGUGAGAAUCCUAAAGAACUUUUAUUCAUUCCAAGUUUUUAAGUAUGCCACUUUCCAGUGGGGUGCUUAGAAAGUGUUUCUUAGCCUCUCAUGUGAAAUGAGCAGAAAGAGAUUUAGCCCUUUUGCAUGCAUGCCUCUAGCUGUGCUUGACUUCUAUGGGUCUCAUUUGUUGGGCUCAUAAAGCUUUGGCUAGUUGAAAUUUGACCAGGGCAGCUAUUGGGCUCCUCUGUAGCCUGGUGCACUGAAGAGAUUAGCCCUGACCAAACCCUUAACCCCAUCUGUGUGUGUAUAUGACAGCAGUAUAUUUGACUGCCCCACCGCCAGCAGCGUUCAGCCAGCAGCUCUGUCAGCACUGUGUUUCUGCCUGAGCUCACAGGCUAGUUGGGUUGUUCAGUCCGUCAUCUGGACACAGCUCGCAGACUUGACCAUAUCGUUGCUGACACAUGAAGAAAUGUAUGAUCACAUGAACAGGCUCAAUGCAGAAAUUUAAAAAAGAACUCAUGCUCACAUACACACAGACAGCUACGGAGUUGUCACUGAUCCGAAGACACACAUUGACAGACAAGGCUUUAGCUGUUAAUUAACUUGAGUGCUGCAGCAAUUAGGUUCACAGUCAUUUGAAGAUCAGUGCUUUGGUAAAAAUCUACGAUGAGUGUUAAAUACCGACUCCAAUGUAUUUGGUAUCUUUUUAGUGAUAGCAGCAGUUUGUUUUAUAGGCAUAAUGUCCUCUGGGUUGAUGAAUCAAAGCUAAUGAAAGACUACACUGAUGAGACACAGAGAGUAACUCUGUUUGAGAAAUCUAAUAACCUAAUGGGUAACUCUUGUAGAUUUUUUUACCAUUUAUCUGGUUGUAUGUGCAUUUCUUUUUUACUGUUAAAUGGCUUGUUGGUGGAACACCCGAUAUUGGAUGUCAGAGGCUUGUGACAGAAAGAUGGAAGAUGAAGGAGAGGAUAGGACACAAUCUUGCAGCAGUGCGGCAGGCUCCAUGGAAAAGGUUUAAAAGCCCAGAUGAGACCCACAGCACAGCCUGAUAUAUACACUGCUGUACCUCUGUGUCUGCUUGAGAGAGUGCACUGUGUUACAUCACACAUUUGUUGAAGAAAUGUAUAGUAUGAUAGCCCACUGUAUGAGAGAAAGAAAGAGAGUCAAAGCCAUAUUGUCUGCUCAGCGGUGAAGUCUGUAGCUAUAGAGUGGGAUCCUACAAGAGAGAGUCAUAUUCUUGUCUGACUGGCACACAGGCUGCAUCAAAGUAGACAAAAAGCUCUGUGUUUGUUGGUUAGCAUGUCCGUGCAGACUCUGAGACCUAUUCUUUUAUCAGCUGAAUAUGCUAUUUGGUUCCACUCUUUGGCCACUGCAUUUGGAUUUGUUUUCCUUGAAUGUCAUUUUGGCCAUUCUGUGGGGGUGUUUUUGUCCUUGACUCAGGACAGCGGGAGAAAAAUGAGUUAUUAUGCCUAAUGUGCUCUGUGCCUCUCAUCUGAUCAUUAUAAUGAGCUCCAGUGCGUUUAUGUCUCUUAUGUGUGUAGCUGUGUAAUUGUCAAUGUGGCUGUGAAUAUGCACUUGCCCACUGAAGUACACAUUCAUGCCUUUGUUUGGGUCUUUUCUGUUUUGUGGACUGGCAUUACGACUAUGGUUCACCUCAGAGGGCCUUUCCUUGUGUCAUCAUUCCAAACUCCAGAGGCAAAUACCAACCUCUUUAAUUCUCACUUUCUCAUUUUGCUCUUUCUUCUUUCUGUAUGUACAUACCUGUCCAUUUCUAGUAUUCUCUUGCCCUUACACACAUACAAACAGCUGAAACCCUUCAACUCUUUUGCAUUUUGUUACCUCUGUCUGUCUCUUUCUCUCAACCAGUAUCACUGCUCCAAAAAUAACUUUUUUCUCUCUCACCCCCCCACUCCCUUCUCCCCUUAUACUCGUACUGUAAAUACCAUCAAUAAUAAAUGUGACAAUAGAAACCACUGUUUUCUAUAUUUGUAUCAUUGACAUGCAAGAGUCAAGAUGGACAUGAAUUGGGGAUCGUGAUUUCAUAGACAUUUUCUAAGCUUAUACCACUAGUCUUUAGCAGCCAUUAAAAAAUCUGUAUCUCAUGAGGAGGGAGUCGGUUCAUGGGGAAAGAAUUUAAAAGAAUGUGCUCAUGUUAUGCUAUUAAGGGGGAUCCCACCAAAUUUUAGUAUUCAGGUUUGUUUUUCCAGUUAAUUUACGUCCCUUUCAAGUGAAUAUGUGACUGUGCAGCUUUCAUUUGCAAUGUGCAUUCAGCAUAUGCCUCCAAUGACAAUACUUAGGAAAGCUGGAAAGGAGACAGACAAUAGGUUUAAAUGACUUUUAAAACAGCCUUGUUAGUGCAGUGAUAUUAUUUUGUAUUUUGGGCAAAUCACAGUCUUUUGGCAGGCACUGUUGAUCAUGUGUGCAAAUUUUAAUUAAAUUUUAAUUAUAGACUGCAAAACAUAAUUGCAUUCUAAAUUUGAGUGGUAUCCCCCAAUUAUCUUGUUUUGAACAAGAUGUUUUCUGUGUGUGUAUGCGUAUGCUGUGUGUGACAAUAUGAAUGCACAUGCGUGUCUUUGUCGUUGAAGGCCCUGCUAAAGACAGCAGAGGCCAUGCUGUUCUCUAACAGUUGUUUCUCCUCCUUCCUCCUCCUCUGAAAUGGAACCCUUGCAGACGGAGAAGAUUGCCCAGGAGAGGGAGAAGUUUGCAGAUGAGGACAGCAUAUUUUACACACUGGGAGAAUGUGGCCUUAUCUCCUUCUCUGAUUAUAUCUUCCUCACCACUGUGCUGUCCACUCCCCAGAGGAACUUUGAAAUCGCUUUCAAGAUGUUUGAUCUCAAUGGUGAUGGAGAGGUGGACCUGGAGGAGUUUGAACAGGUCCAGAGCAUCAUUCGUUCCCAGACCAGCAUGGGCAUGCGACACCGUGACCGCUCCACCACAGGAAACACCCUGAAGACAGCUGGCUGCAGCUCUGCUCUCACUACCUACUUCUUUGGAGAAGACCUGAAGGGAAAACUCACCAUCGGCAGCUUCCUGGAGUUUCAGAGGAAACUGCAGCAUGAUGUGCUCAAAUUAGAGUUUGAGAGGAACGAUCCCAUGGACGGCAGAAUCACCGAGAGACAGUUUGGAGGUAUGCUGCUGGCCUAUAGUGGCGUCCAGUCUCGUAAACUCAAGCAGAUGCAGAAGGGCUUGAAGAAGAUGUUUAAGGAUGCACAGGGCAUCACAUUUGAGGAGGUGGAGAAUUUCUUUACUUUCCUAAAGAACGUGAAUGAUGUGGACACAGCCCUGAGUUUCUACCACAUGGCUGGAGCCUCCAUAGAUAAAGUUACCAUGAAGCAGGUGGCCCGCACCGUGGCCAAGGUGGAGCUGUCGGAUCAUGUGUGCGAUGUGGUGUUCGCUCUGUUUGACUGUGAUGGGAAUGGAGAGCUUAGUAAUAAGGAGUUCAUAGCCAUCAUGAAGCAGCGACUGAUGCGUGGGCUGGAGAAACCCAAGGACAUGGGCUUCACCCGGCUGGUGCGUGCCAUGUGGAAGUGUGCCCAGGAUACCGCCUGGGACUUUGCCACACCAAAGACAUAAUAGAGACAGGAGGCAACAUGUGAGUGUGAGAGAGAGAGAAAGAGAGAGGCAAUGCGCGAAUAAAGCAACAACACAUCAAAGCAUUAAAGGCUUUCUCCUUCAACAGGUCUUGAGAAUUUAAAUAGACAAUUAAUGCAAUGAACUCAUUAGGACUACAGCUCUGAGGGGCAUCAUCAAUCAUUAACACACACCGCUGUAGAUCAAGCUAUCAAUACAGUGACUGAAGCAUGCUGACACAGCACAGUGUGUCUUGAAAGGCUUCUCUGGUGUGCCUGUCUAAGGCAUUGUGGGUAUUUGUAUAUUUGAAACAUACAACCAAAAUUUGUAUGUGUAUUUUGCCAUAUUCUACAGAGGAAAGUCGUGUCAGAGGGUAACUGUAUGACGCUAAAAACAGCACUUUUAUAUCUGUAUUUAAGCUGUUGCAAAAGGUAAGACAAGAAGUGAAAUCAAUCUUAUUUGACCUUCAGCUGUAUAAAUGCCGCAGUAUGUCUGUUCUAUACUGAAAACAGACUCUUAGUUAUUCCUUUGCUGGGACAGAGCAGAACUCUAAUUUUGUUAGCACAGCAUUUCAUUCAGUCUGCUAGCUGCAGUUCACUCCUGUCAUUUUGUCCCAUAGAUCAACAAUGCUUGUCUUGCUCUACAAUGUAUUGUUCAAAGUGUGUAUCCUUCUAAUUGUUGCUCACUGAAACACUUUAUAUAAGAUGGAUGGCAAAAGAAACGCUCUAUUAAAGAUGUUUUAAUAAUGUAAAA